AUGGCAAAGGCGCGCGAUCGACUUGCAAAUCUGCGGCAGCGUACUUCGGUAGCAGAUUACAUCGCUGAUUUUCGUGACAUCUCCACCGAGAUCUCAGACCUUUCAACGGCUGAGGCGCUGGACAAGUUCAAGCGUGGCUUGAAGGACGACAUUAGGAUGGAAGUGGAGGUGCAGGGCUGCAGUACGCUGGAGGAGAUGGCACGUGUCGCUGAGCGCUAUGAUGAGAUCCACUUCGGCAGCCGUCGCAACCGUUUCAACCGUGGGAUGCGGUUCAGUCCGAACAUGUUCCAGCCUAUCCAGGGGGAGCAGCGUGGUGGAGCAGGACCGACGCCGAUGGAACUGGAUACGAUCGAUAGGAACAAGGAGAAGCGGAAGGGCUUUGCUGGAAAUUGCUUCAAGUGUGGGAAGCGCGGUCACAAAGCUCUCAACUGCCCUACCAAGCCCAGGCAGCCGGGAAACAAGCUUCACCAGUAG